AGUACGGCUGAUUGCUUUGUUCUCUUCUCUCUCUGACAUCAGAUUUUCUUAUUCUUGUUUUUGUGAUUGCAAAGGCAUCCAAAUCGUUGCAUUUCUGAUGCAUUUCUCUUUGUUUUGUCAAGGAAAAUGUAAACAACACCAAUUGGUGCUACUGACGCAAUUUACACAAAAGAAUCAAAAUGAAAAAAAGAAGUGCACAAACGGAUGCUAACUGCCAUGAAAAACAGGAGUCUAUUGUCUUUGAUGUAUAAUAAGUAAACAUCAAGGGCGCAACAACACAUUACAACAGGUGCAAAUGGUGGCAGGUUCCACGUGAUCAUAAACAAAUGACCAGAAGGUGGCAGAUGCAUUAAAACUAUUAAAGAAUAAAAAAAAUUAAAAAAAAAUUAGAGGGUGUAAUGUAACGUUAUGGAUUCUGACAGUUUCAAAACACCAGAACCAGAUGAAACAGAUGAGGUCCACAGAGCUCCACAGGAAUCGGCCUCGGUCAGUGAGGCAGAGGCCGAAGACGAGUCGCUGUACGACCAGGUUGAGCAACUUAAAGAACAGUUAGACGUGGAGACCAAAGAGAAGCAGUCUCUGACAGACCAAGUGGAGGACCUCAAGGCCAAGCUGGAGACCAAAGGGAAGCAGUGUCUGUUUGACCAGGUUGAAAAUCUUAAAGCCAAGCUGGAGGUGGAGAUUGAGGAGAAGCAGUCACUCUCCAAGCACGUCGAGGAUCUCAAAACCAAACUGGACCUAGAGACUGAUGAGAAGCACGGUCUGUUUGUUCAGGUCACAAAUCUCAAAGGCCAACUGGAAGUGAAGAACACAGAGAAGCACUUUCUGACAAAUCAGUUUAAGGACCUAAAAACCAAGCUGGAGGUCGAAAGCCAGGAAAAGCAGUCGUUGUCAGAUCAGGUUGAGGAUCUUAGAACCAAACUUAAUAUGGAGAACGAAAAAAAACGGUCCCUCUCAGACCAGGUUGAAGAUCUGAAGAUGAAGCUCAAGUUGGAGCACAGAGAGAAGCAGACUUUCUUCAACCAGGUUGAGGAUCUGAAAGCCAAGCUGGAGGUGGAGAACAGAGACAAGCAGCCACUGUCCAGCGAAGUAGAAAGUCUGAAAGAACAGUUGGAGUUGAACGUGGAAGAGAACAUGUCUCUGUCCAACCAUGUGGUCAGUCUUAAGUCUCAGUUAGAUGAACACAAACACAUUCUGUCAAACAAAAUUCAGAAUCAGAGAGUCAGGUUUGAGGUCAGAACCACAGAGCUACAAUCUUCUUCCCAUGAAGAGUUGGAUCAUCAUGAGAAUCAAUCUUCUGGCCCAGAAGAGGGUCUUGUAUCCAAACCAACCACGGUCGAUCCAGCCCACCACGUCAAGGCUCCCAUAAAACAGCCAGAGUUGAAGAAGCCUCUGUUAGACCAAGGUGACGACAUUAAAGAACUGAAUGGUGAAACACAACCUCUAUUAGAGCAAGUAGAGCAUCUUGGAGGUCAGGCACAGAGUGAUGCCCAGGAACCGUGUGAAACUGAAGAGGAACCGACUUGGACAAACCAUGUUAAGGAACCUGGACAUCACUGGGAGUCAAAGAACAAACAAUCUUUGUUUCUGUUAGACCAUGAUGAGGACCAUAUUGCCCAGCUCAAAUCUGAGAUCAGACAAGAAAUAUCUCCAUCAGAUGAUGGAACUGACCCAAAAGCCAGGCCUGAUCUGGACAAUUGCGAAAAGCUGCCACUCUUGGAGGAGGUGGAGGUUCUCGAUGUCGAGGUGGAAGGAGAGAUCUAUGAUCUUCCAUCUGUUUCAAACCAAGUUGAAGAUCUAAAUAAACAGGUAGGAUUGGACAUUCAAGAGGGGUGUACAUCAACGCAAGUUAGAGAUCUUACGACACAGGAUACGUUUUAUACUGAAGAGUAUCUGUUUCUGUCAGACCAUGAUAUGGAUGUUGAUGGAAGAGAAAAUCUGCCACCUCUAUCAGAUUGGGUCAAAGAUUCCCAAGUCAAUCUGGAAACAAACAAUGUGCCAUGUCCGUCUAAGGAUACUGAGGCUCUUGAAGAAAGGUUACAGCUAAUAAUCAGAGAGGAACAGAAACAUGUCCAGAAUCAGGACGACUGUCUGAAGGCAGAGACGGUCUGGUCUUUACAUGAGCAGGACGAGGCUCUCAAGGCCAAGUUGGUAGUGGAAACCAGAGAGAAACAGUCUCUGUCAAACCAGGUCGAUGACCUAACGGCCAAACUCAAGAUGGAGAGCAGUGAAAAAGAAUCGCUGUCGGAGCAGUUUGACGAUCUCGUAGCCAAGCUGGGGGUUGAGACUGGAGAGAAGCAGUCUUUGUCGGACCAAGUCCAGAAUCUUAAAGCUAAGUUGAAGGUAGAGACCGGAGAGAAGUGGUGUCUCUAUGACCAGGUUAAGGAACUUAAAAUGAGACUUAAAGUGGAGACCAGAGACAGACAGUCUUUGUCAGAACAGGUUGAGGAUCUUAAGGUGAAGCUGGAGGUGGAGAACGGGGAGAAACACUUACUUUCAGAUCAGAUUAGGGAUCUCAAGGACACACUGGACAUGGAGAGUGGAGAAAAGCAAUCUCUUUCCUACCAACUUGAGUGUCUCAAAUCCAAACUGGACAUGGAGACCAAACAGAAGCAGUUUUUAGCUGAUAAGUUUGAGGAUCUCAGAGCCAAGCAUAAGGUCGCGACUGGAGAAAAGCGGUCCCUGUUGGAGCAAGCAGAGGAUCUUAAAUCCAAGCUGAAGGUGGAGAGUGGAGAGAGGUGGUGUCUGUAUGACCAGGUGAAGCAACUCAAGGAGCAGUUGGAGGAGGACGACACAAGUGAGCCUGACAGUGAUGACAGUGAGGAGCAGGAGUUUGGUGGGCAGAUCGAUUGUAUCGAGUCUUGUGUGCAAAUAUACAUGCAGAGUCUGUACCAAGAAGCCUACGAAAACCUGGGUGUUUGUAAACCAAGCAGCAUUCGGGUGUGACAGCACUCUUUGUGGUUAAAACAUUUUUUAUUCAACCAAAUAACUGUCACCGUUUAUGUUAAAAAAAAUAAUUUAAUGUAUGUAAUUGGAUUUAUUUAAAAGGUUGGUUUCUGUUUAUACAUCUGUAAAAAUUCUGACAUUUUUGUGUGAAUCUGUACUUGAACUGUGGACUUAACGAUCAUAACUAUAAGAUAAGACAUCGGAGAGCAGUUUGACUGAAGCCAAAUCUUUUUUUUUUUCUUUUUGGGCACACCUAUUCGAGUAAAUGGUGGACUUCAGAUCAAAGAUCAAAGAUUUGUUUUUCAGUGUCCUGGCUGAGAACGAGUCCUUCAUUGGAUAAGACAAACUAAGACAAGUUUCCAUUUCUGAUUGGACUUGCCAAAACAUAAAGGACUUAAGUUAUUUUUGUUUUUUCGCAAAUUCCUAAGGCGAAAGAAAAGGUCGAACUGCGCAUUGCCUAACGACAAUUAUAGGAAACCAAGCCACAGUCUUUCUUUGUCCCUCACUGACUCAUUCUAAUUUCACUUACGUUACUAUAUAUCAAAAAUAACAAAGUUAAUCCAAUUCAUUCACAUAUUUAUCAAACAGAUCUGCGGAUUCUGCACUAACAAGGCAACCAGAAUGAAGCUACCACAAAACCUGACACUUGUUCUCGAGGAAACACUUUUCCGUAGCUCACCUGGA